UAAGAACGGGCAGAAUCCAAAACGGGCUGCAAAGCUGAGGCAUUUCAGAAGGGGGCAUGACAGUGAGCCAGAGAAAGCACGGGCAUGGAAGGAACUGGAGACUUCCAGGCACUUCGAGCAAAGUUUCAAAAUGAUUCCAGUUUUUCUAGUGCUUUGCUGCAACCUACAAAGAAAUCUCCUGCAGGAAUAAUACCAGGGCAAAGUCCCAACAGUGCAUGUCCAACCAAACCCAAGCCCUUGUGCCGAGUGCGUGUUCCAGAUCCUGAGCAAAAGACUGAGUCCACAUCACAGAAGUCUGAAAUAGCACAAAUAAAGCCUAUAGCAUUGCCAAGGAUCAGGCUUCAUGAAUUGUUGGAAGUUCGUAAGAAUGAAGAUAAAAAAGGCAAAGAUUUGCUGGAGACCCUUAGUACAGAGACUGCACCUGUGAUGGACUCACCAAAACAGCAGCCAGCAUCUUCUCUUCCUUCUGGAGAAGAUCCAGUGGCAAAUAGUUCUUUCCGCCACACUCUGCAUAUCUGGGAGAAUGCUUUAGCUUGUAAUGACCAAAAGUGCUCUACACUACAAUUGCAACAUGCAAAUAAAACAGCAUCCAUUGCACAACUGAAAAGUGAUAAUGUAACUGUCAUUGAAGAAGAUACAGUAAAAAUCACUGGAAAUAAGCAAGGACUGGUAUUUGCUGCAUCAACGAAUCCUCCCCAUCUGCAUAGUGGGCCUGUUCCAUUUUCUACUGUCUCACCACCUGUUCCCCCAAGAAGUCAUACAAGCUUGGAGAAAAGAGCACAUGAAACCAUUAAUGUUACUGCUUCCACCCAAAAUGAUUAUGACUCUGACAUGCCAAAAAAACCGCAUUGUCUCAGAGAGGUCAAGGCUCCAAGAAACAAACUGCUUCCUUCCAUUGUGUCACUUGGUCCUCCUCCAAAGAAACCACCAAGGCCUCCUAAGGUGGAUCUCAGUGCCUUCCAUCAAAAGCUGCUGGAUGCUGUAGAUGAUGAGUAUCUUACUCCUGAAAAUCCUGAAACUGGGGAAGAGAAUAGUUAUGAAGAAACAGUAUCUUACCUGAAACAGCCAGAAAAUUCCUCUUGCUCAAAUGUUGCUCAAGAAACUACUCAUUCUUCCAAGCUGGGAAAAGUGGAAGUUAUCAAGAAUCAUUUUCUCACUGCCACACAUAGCACUGAAGCAGAUGAUGAACUAGAGCGAAGAGUACUCCGUAAUAAUGAGUCAUCAAAACAAAAAGCAGCUGAAGAGAGAUUCAAGACUGGUGAUGAUGGAGAUGUGAAAGAAGAAAUGAUUGAAAAUUUUUUUGUUGGGAAGAACAUGCUUCAAAAGGGAACAGCACAAAGUUUCGCAGAGCAGAUCCUAGAAAAAGAUAGAAAUUUUUCAGAUGGGUAUGUGUGCCUGGAAGCUUUGAAAGUCAAUGAAGAACAAGCAGCUCCAGAUCCCAGAUCAGCGCAAGCUCUGGAGGAACUGUACGAUGAUGUAGAAGGAUUAGAGAGAGAGUUUCAAGCCUCUGAUAACUUCAGCCCAUUCACGCUCAACAGAGUUCCAGGUAAUACCUUUGAAGAAACAUAUGAGGAUGUUCAAAGUGAAGACUAUAAAUCAACAAAAUCAGAUAAUGACAAAGUAGAAAAACUAAAGAAAUUUGGGAAAAUUUUCAAGAAAGAAAAGUUUAAAAUGAAGAACGCUCAGCUGAAAGAGAAUAUCUGCAACCUCUCCAGUUCUGUGCCAAAUCUAGAUGUUAUGACCCAGGAAAACAUGGUAUAUGACGAUGUCAACAUGGAAGAAAAUGCUACAAACCUGUCUUCCAGAAACUUAUUCAAAGUCAAGAAAUAUAAUGUUGGAAAGCAUAACAAGAUGACAAAAGAAGAAAAACUAUUUAGAGAGAGGUUUAUGUAUACAAAAGAAAUCACAGUAAUAAAUACUGCAGUUGCACACUGUUCAAAUACUUUGACCAAAAGAAAACUUGACUUACGGAUUACAGCUGGAGAACAACUUGAAGUUAUUGAUAUCGCGGAAGGGAACCAGCUAAUUUGUCGGAAUUCUGAAGGCAUGUAUGGAUAUGUGCUAUUAGAACACUUGAAUUUCAGGUAA